AUGGGGGUCUUACAGAAGUACCAAAGAUCGUUAGGCCAAUUGGUGAAUCUAGACAAAUCGGAGGUGUCCUUUAGUCGAAACAUAAGUGAAGCUGAUGCACAAAUGAUCCGGUUAAGGAUGGGAGUUAAGACAGUAGAGAAUCACUCCAAAUACCUAGGUUUGCUGGUUGUGUUUGGAAGAUCGAAAAAGGAUAUUUUUGCGAUGGUCAUUGAUAGAGUGUGGAAAAAGCUAAAAGGGUGGAAGGAAAUAUUUCUGUCUAGAGCAGGAAAAGAAGUUUUGAUAAAAGCUGUCGCGCAAGCAAUACCCACCUAUAUCAUGAGCUGUUACAAACUGCCGGAAGCUACAUGUAAUGAGAUAGAAAAACUGCUGGCAAAUUUCUGGUGGGGCUUGAAAAAUGGAGAAAGAAAGGUCCACUGGCUGAGUUGGGAGAAGAUGGCGCGUGCAAAAGGUGUGGGAGGGAUGGGUUUUAGGGGCAUAAGCGAUUUUAACACCAGCCUUCUAGGAAAACACUACUGGCGGCUCCUCAAUGAUGCAAAUUCCUUGGUCAGAAAAGUUUUCAAAGGGAGGUAUUACCCAAGAGGGACCAUAGAAGAUUGUAGUACUGGUUUUGCUCCAAGCUAUGCUUGGAGGAGUAUCCUCAGUGCUAGGAGCAUGGUGUAG